CGGGAACUGGGUAGAUUGACCGCGAACGCGAAGCCGAGUCUUUUACGGCUCCAGACAGUUCUCCGGUACUACUAUAACAACACUCCUCAUUUUAAUGGCUAUCCGUUUUUCUCUAUCUCCUUCACCUCUCCUCAUUAUAAUGGCGACACACAAACUUGUCCUUUCUCCCCUCCAUUCACCAACAAAAACCUACUUCACUGCCGUUCCUGUUCCCUUUCGUCCUUCAUUGUCCGCAAAUCAACUUCUCCGAACAAUCACACUCGUAAAUCGAUUACCGUCCGAUCAUUUUGUCCAUUUCCGAUCGUCAUUCUAUAAUGUCGAUCGCUUCAACUGACAAUCAUUUGUUGAGGGAUUUCGAUUUCCCACCAUUCGAUGUAAUCGAAGCCAAGCACGUUCGUCCUGGAAUUCGGGCCUUGCUUAAGCAAACCGAAGAGGCUUUGGAGGUUUUGGAGAAGACGGUGGAGCCUACGUGGCCGAAGCUGGUGGAGCCAUUGGAGAAGAUGCCUGAUAGAUUGAACGUUGUUUGGAGUGCGGUGGUUCAUCUCAAGUCUGUUAAAGAUAGUCCUGAACUUCGUUCUGCUAUUGAAGAGGUUCAGCCGGAAAAAGUUGCUUUUGACCUUAAAUUUGAUCAGAGCAAGCCAAUCUAUAAUGCAUUCAAAGCCAUCCGAGAGUCUCCUGACUGGGAUUCUUUGAGUGAUGCUCGUAAACGAAUAGUUGAAUCGAAAAUAAAGGAGGCUGUACUAAGUGGUAUCGCUCUUGAGGAUUAUAAACGAGAGCAAUUUAACAAGAUUGAACAGGAUUUAGCAAAGCUAUCUCAGAAAUUUGAGGAAAAUGUUUUAGAUUCCACCAAGAAGUUCGCAAAAUUAAUAACAGCUAAUAAGGAUAUUGACGGAUUGCCUGCCACAGCUCUUGGUUUGGCUGCACAAACAGCAGUGUCUAAGGGACAUGAAAAUGCUACUGCAGAAGACGGGCCAUGGAUUAUCACUUUGGAUGAGCCAAGUUAUAUGUCUGUGAUGAAACAUGCAAAGAAUAGAACUCUAAGAGAAGAGGUCUACCGUGCUUUUAUAAGCCACGCUUCUAAUGGAGACCUCGAUAACACUGAGAUAAUUAACCAAAUUCUUAAGCUUAGAUUGGAAAAGGCUAAGCUCCUUGGAUACAGUAACUAUGCUGAGGUAAGCAUGGCAAUGAAAAUGGCCAGUGUUGAAAAAGUUGAAGAGCUUUUAGAAAAGAUUCGCAGUGUGUCUUGGGAUCCUGCAGUCAGAGAUUUGGUAGACCUGAAAGAGUUCUGUAAAAGUCAAGGUUCUCCAGAAGCUGAUGAUCUGAACCACUGGGAUAUUACUUUCUGGAGUGAGAGGUUUCGUGAAUCUAAGUAUGAGCUGAACGAGGAAGAACUACGACCCUACUUGUCGUUGCCUAGAGUUAUGGAUGGUCUUUUUAACCUUGUAAAUAUGCUGUUUGGUAUCAAUGUUGAGCCUGCUGAUGGAUUAGCUCCGGUUUGGAACCAUGAUGUCCGGUUUUACCGCGUGAAUGAUUCCUCUGGAACUCCUAUUGCCUACUUUUAUUUUGAUCCAUACUCUCGUCCAUCUGAGAAAUCUGGAGGUGCAUGGAUGGGUGGAGUUGUUAGCCGAAGCCGUAUAUUAUCACGAGAUGGUGCCAAUGCUAGAUUGCCUGUUGCGCACAUGGUUUGUAAUCAAAUGCCACCAGUUGGGGAUAAGCCCAGCCUAAUGACAUUCCUUGAGGUUGAGACUGUCUUCCAUGAAUUUGGACACGCCCUUCAGCAUAUGCUAACUAAGCAGGAUGAGGGAUUGGUUGCUGGUUUAAGGGGCAUAGAAAGGGAUGCUAGGGAAUUACCAUCACAGUUCAUGGAAAAUUGGUGCUAUCAUAGGAAUACUCUGAUGGGUAUUGCUAAGCAUCAUGAAACUGGAGAGACCCCAGAAGGCAUAUACCAGAAGCUUCUUGCCGCUAAGACUUUCUGUGCUGGUACCUUAAAUCUUCGACAGUUGAGAUUUGCAACUGGUGAUCUUGAGUUACAUGCAAAAUAUGUUCUGGGUGGUUCGGAAUCAAUAUAUUGUGUUGACCAACGGGUCUCAAAGAGAACCCAAGUACUUCCUCCACUCCCAGAUGAUAAGUACCUUGCCAGUUUCUGUCACAUUUUUGCUGGUGGAUACACUCCGGGAUACGACAGUUACAUGUGGGCAGAGGUUUUGUCUGCAGAUGCUUUCUCUGCUUUUGAGGAUGUUGGACUAGAGAAUGAGAAGGCUGUAAAAGAGACAGGCCAGAGAUUCCGGCAGACUGUUCUUGCUCUUGGAGGUGGAAAGGCUCCACUAGAGGUUUUCGUGCUAUUUAGAGGACGGGAACCUUCUCCAGAAGCACUGCUUAGGCAUCACGGCCCAGAGUCAGUUACCAGCUCUGCAUGAGAUCAUUAUAGCACCUGCCGCAAUCUUAGUGCCCCAUUGUAAAGGUCACUAGAGACAUUUUGCAUGCUUUCAGUUUUUUGAAGAGACUUGAGUUCAAGAUGCAACUGUAAUUGUUUUCAAUGCUCUGCUUAAUUCCCUUGAGAUUAUAUUAUGGUCAUGCGGCACAUGACAGUGCAUGACAAUAACCUACAGGACUACAAGCCUACCAUAUCAAUGAUACUGCUCGGUAGUAAAAAAAAAUUUUGCACUUGAGGGUAAUGAAAUAGUUUCUUGACAACGAUUCUUAAAAUAUUUUAGAAUAAUUUUUAAUUGUAAAAGAAAUUGAUUUACAAUGCUUUUUAAGCAUUUUCUUUAUGUGUAUUUAUUUUGUUUCUUAACUAAGAGAUCAUGUAUGAAUUCACACCAAAUUUUGGUAUGUGGACACUUGUAUCCUGACAUUAUCAUUCUUUUUAGGCAGGCGGCGGUUUACACAA